AAUGAUCAUUUAACUGUUGACAACAAUACUGUUAAUAACUCUUAUUGAAAAAUAACCGAUAUUUUUUUGAAUAAUCACAAAAUGUUUCGUUUAAGUAGCAAUGAAAGUGUUAAGAUAAUUGUUCUGUCUGCUAUUAGCUUUUUUUUAACUCAAUGUGCUGAAAUUUGUUUAAAUCCAAGUUUAAAGUGCAUCGGUUGUCCAUACUACAAUGUAUCAUUGACUGCGUAUUACCCUGAUUUUGCUAGCGAUGAACCUUCUGAUUAUUUGGAUGUGAGGGGAAAAAAGUUGAAAACUCUUCAGGAUUUUUUAGACGGCAGAGAUGAAUACGUAACAGCAGCAAUGGACACAAAUUCGGAAAUCCCUUACGGUACAAAAGUUUGCAUUCCAGAAUUAAACCAACAUUUUAAGCAGUACAUACCCAUUCAAGUAAGAGAUUAUAGCCCAGAUUUAGAAGGUGAAGGCCACUCAAGUAUAGAUAUUUGCGUACGCGGCGAAAGUGACAGUUAUGAUUUUGCUGUUAACCGUAUGGUCACUCUCUACAUUCGUGAAGACCUCCAGAAUGUCAGCAACGAACAGCAAUAAAUAUAAGAUAAUAAUAUUAUUAUAAUUUUACGAGCUUGCUAAGAAGAAAUAAAGUUCAGCAAAAGUU